UGUAUGGCAAAUCCUCUUGUUCUUGGGAGAGUGAUAGGAGAUGUUGUCGAUUCAUUCUCUCCUAGUAUUAGGAUUACAGUGACUUACAACUCCAACAAGAAGGUCUAUAAUGGCCAUGAGUUCUUUCCUUCCUCACUUACCGUCAAGCCCAAGGUCGAAGUUCAUGGAGGUGAUAUGAGAUCCUUUUUUACUCUGGUCAUGACAGACCCAGAUGUUCCUGGUCCCAGUGAUCCAUACCUGAGGGAGCAUUUGCACUGGAUAGUGACAGACAUUCCAGGCACAACAGAUGUGACGUUCGGAAGGGAGGUGGUGAAGUAUGAGAUGCCAAGGCCAAACAUAGGGAUCCACAGGUACGUGUUCCUAGUGUUCAAGCAGAAAUGCAGGCAGGCCGAUUCCAUAUCAAUUCCUCCUUCGAGGGACCGAUUCAGCAGUCGCAUUUUUGCUCAAGAAAACGACCUUGGCCUUCCUGUUGCUGCUCUCUUCUUCAACGCUCAAAGGGAAACUGCUGCAAGAAGACGCUAAUUAAUUAUUUAACUAUAUUUAUAUAAUUAAUUAUCCCUACGUACCCUACCCACCUCUCAUUUUAUAUUCUAUAUCAUCCAUAUCCAUCA